UAAAAAUAGAUGUAAUGUAAACAGAGGUAAUUGUACUUGUAAAAUAGGGUAGAUGUAAUAAAUGAAAUGUAAACAAAGUUGCACAUCCUGCUGUGAAAUGCCCGCGAAAGACGGGGCACAAACUGGCGGGGGUACCAAAUUUGACACGACACCCCGGAAGUGCUCUGUGCCAUUCUAUUUCGGGGGGGAGCUGAAUACAAUACGACGUCAGAUGCUACAGCUCACCGAGCUGGUGUAUAAACCACCAUAACUAGCUACCAUUUGUACAUUCCCGCCACGUGUUAUGGGCGACGAACAGCGUUAAUAAAUCUGCUGAAUCAUUUGUGUUUUUUGAACCGUUUGAAUAUCCGUUAACCGUUUGGAACGUUGGAACGUUGGAACGUUGGAACAUUCGAACGUUGGAACGUUGGAACAUUAUGAGAAUACAGUGACGCGACCAACCGUUGAUCUCAAGUUUCACCAGAACGUCCUACAUCAGGAUGAAGGAACGGACAGAUGCUCCUCAGGACCGGGGCUACCUGGUGGGGAUCUCUUUCUUCAUUCUGGGCCUGGGAACGUUGCUACCAUGGAACUUCUUCAUGACGGCCUCAUUGUAUUUCCAAGGUCGCCUAAACACGACAGAAUGGAGCAACGGCACCACGGUGGUCCGCAAGGAGUACUACUUCAACAACUGGAUGACUUUGUUAUCCCAGCUGCCCCUGCUGCUGUUCACCCUGCUCAACUCCUUCCUCUACCAGAGGAUAUCGGAGGCAAUAAGGAUCGCAGGUAGCCUGAUUUGUGUCCUGCUGCUCUUCAUCCUCACAGCAGUGCUGGUCAAAGUGCCCAUGGAUGAAGACCGCUUCUUCUCCGUCACCAUGGCUACCAUCUGGUUCAUCAACUCGUUUGGAGCCGUGCUGCAGGGCAGUCUGUUUGGCCUGGUGGGUCUGCUGCCUCAGAAGUACAGCAGCAUCUUCAUGAGCGGCCAGGGCCUCGCCGGGACCUUCGCUGCCAUCGCCAUGCUGCUAGCCAUAGCCAGUGAUGCAAAAUCUGACACAGCAGCGUUGGGCUACUUCAUCACGCCAUGUGUUGGGACACUGGUCACACUCUUCAGCUACGUGCUGCUGCACCGCCUGGAGUUUGCUCAGUAUUAUCUGAAGAAAAGCAGCAAGUAUGAGGCGGACACCGAGGACGAGAUGCUGAAAGAGAGCAGCACGGUGGAGAACGGCAAGCCCAACGGCCACGCCAACGCCAACGGCACAGUGGCCAGCAGCACACCCAAGGGUGGCGGUGCAUCUGAGGUAGACGAGGUGACAGAGGCAGACCCCAGUCCAGACGGGCCGAAGCAGGCCUUCCUGUCACUGGAGCAGGUCGAGAAGGGACAAGCUAAGCUCUCGGUCACAGAGGUCUUCAAAAAGAUCUGGGUGAUGGCGUUCUGCGUGACGUUUGUGUUCACAGUCACUCUGUCCGUCUUCCCUGCCGUCACUGUAGAUGUCAGGACCUCGUUCCCAGGAAAAUGGGAGCGCUUCUUCAUCUCAGUGUGCUGCUUCUUGAUUUUCAACCUCAACGACUGGAUCGGCCGGACCGUCACCACCGUCGUACGUUGGCCCUGUAAAGAGUCCCGUCUGUUCCCGGCGCUAGUUGUCUCCAGGGUGGUGUUCAUCCCCCUGCUGAUGCUCUGUAACGUCCAGAAUCGCUCCUACCUUCCUGUCUACUUCAGCCACGAUGCUGUUUUCGCCAUCAUCAUGACUCUCUUCUCGUUGUCCAGCGGCUACUUCGUCUCCCUUUCCAUGUCCUACGCACCACAGUUGGUGGAGUCGAAGGACGCCGAGACCACGGGAGCCCUGAUGACCUUCUUCUUAGCCCUGGGUCUGUCCAUAGGAGCCGCCAUAUCCUUCCCUCUCCGAGCUCUGGUCUAGUAACACACACACACACACACACACACACACACACACAGCGCUGCAUAGACACUAGAAUACUUUCACACACACUCGGAGGGGGAAUAUGAUACCUGGGUGUUUUUGUCCAUGUGCCCCUCCUGGACGACCUUCUCUGGGUUAUUUUCCUGUCAGGUGCUGUGUGUGUUUUGGCAUGACGAGCCCUGACAACCAAGCACCCUAAGUGACGCUGUACAAACACUGCUCAGGAAGGGGUAUUGUUCAUAAAUGACUAACGAGGUUCCCUUUCAAAGUAGGAAUAAGGGAAAUAACUGCCGGUUCUGUUACCUGCUGCUAACCUGAACACACAGGUUGGAACACGUUUCCUCUCUGUGCAGCUCUCAUCCAAUCGAUUCUGUUGGAUUUGUUUUUUUUGUGUUGACUGUUGUGUCUCUAUACUUUUUUAGAUUUAUAUUUAUGUUUAAUUUUAGGUUUGUUGCAAGUAGAUUCAGGGCAGUAUCCUGUAUUUUUUUAUUAUUUGAUUGAUGGCUUGAAUGAUUAUGUUUUGUUGGAUUUAUUACAUUAGGUAAUUUUGAUGUAUUUUUCUUAUUUGGUAUUUUCUAAUGAAACGGUUCUGUUACAGAAGUAGAACAAACAAAAAGGUUAUUGACCUGCCUCAUGGAUAUGUAUGAAUUAUGUUUCUUGUUGGAAAGUCAAUCAAAUUACCGUAUAGACUACAGAAAGAGACGACCACAGAGACAAAAAACUGACACAAAUUGACGCAAAACUACCACAAAGAUGCAACAUGACCACAAAUAGAACACAAUUACCACAAAGAACCACAAAACUACCAUAAAGGGACACAAAAUGACCGCAAAAAGACCUCAAAGGACAACAAGGAGACGCAAAACUACCGUAGAGGGACACAAAAUUACCGCGAAAAGACCUUAAAGGACAACAAGGAGACGCAAAACUACCAUAAAGAGACUCAAAAUGACCACAAAAAGAUGUAAAAGGACAACAACGAGACGCAAAAACACUACAAAACUACCAUAAAGAGACUCAAAAUUACCAGAAAAAGAUGCAAAACUACCAUAAAGAGACUCAAAAUUACCAGAAAAAGACGUAAAAGGACAACAACGAGACGCAAAAAUACUACAAAACUACCAUAGAGAGACUCAAAAUUACCACAAAAAGACGUAAAAGGACAAGGAGACGCAAAAAUACUACAAAACUACCAUAAAGAGACUCAAAAUUACCACAAAAAGACGUAAAAGGACAAGGAGACGCAAAAAUACUACAAAACUACCAUAGAGAGACUCAAAAUUACCACAAAAAGACGUAAAAGGACAAGGAGACGCAAAAAUACUACAAAACUACCAUAAAGAGACUCAAAAUUACCACAAAAAUACGUAAAAGGACAACAAGGAGACGCAAAAAUACUACAAAACUACCAUAGAGAGACUCAAAAUUACCACAAAAAGACCUAAAAAGACAACAAGGAGACGCAAAACUACCACAAAGAGACUCAAAAUUACCACAAAAAGACGUAAAAGGACAACAACGAGACGCAAAAAUACUACAAAAACUACCAUAAAGAGACUCAAAGUUACCUAAAAGGACAAGGAGACGCAAAACUACCACAAAACUACCAUAAAGAGACUCAAAAUGACCACAAAAAGAUGUAAAAGGAAACCUAGGAGACGCAAAACUACCAUAAAGAGACUCAAAAUUACCACAAAAACACGUAAAAGGACAACAACGAGACGCAAAAAUACUACAAAACUACCUUAAAGAGACUCAAAAUUACCACAAAAAGACGAGACGCAAAACUACCAUAAAGAGACUCAAAAUGACCACAAAAAGACGUAAUAGGACAAAAACGAGACGCAAAAAUACUACAAAACUACCAUAAAGAGACUCAAAAUUACCUCAAAUUACCACAAAAAGACCUAAAACGACCACAAAGAGACACAAAACUACCACAGAGACGCAAAAUUACCACAAUGAGACACAAAACUACCAUAAAGGGACACAAAAAGACCUAAAAGGACAACAAGGAGACGCAAAACUACCACAAAACUACUAUAAAGAGACUCAAUGUAACCACGGAUCUUUGUAGUUGUUUGUAGUCGUUUUGUGUCUCUAUCGGUCUGGGGGUCUCGCUCCUUCGUAGGAGAGGUAAGGGGGCCUUUAACUUGUCGGUCCCCAGGAGCCCAUUAUUUUAUAAUUCCUCCAUGCUCAUGGGACAUUUAGCCACUUCCUGUUUAUCUUCACCUCCUGGCCUUCUCUCCAGUGCAGCAACACAAAGCUGCAGCAUCAGUUGUGUCUCUCCAGCAUCAAGACUCCUAUUGCCAUCUACUGGUCAAAGACUGGAGGCUCUUCACAGCUUCACUUCCUUCGCUGUAAAAAGUUUGUUGUGACAUUGUGAGGUCAUAGGAUGCUACCGACGGACAGGAAAUGGAGUUUGCAGCACCUGGUGAUUUUUUCGGUGCCACAUGCCAGAGUUCAGGUUAACAGGUUAUAUCAGUAUGACCACAUUCUUCUACUGGCACUGAAGCAAUGAUGCAGCUCUCGGCUCAAUACAUAAAGUGGGUUUACUUUCAGUUCUUUUAAAUCUUUACACUUCUCCUGAGAACAGCUGGCAGCUGCUGUUGGGUUACUAAAUGUACCGAUGUGGUGAUGCUGCUGUUGCUGUAAGCCAUUUAAAAAAA